UUUUUGUAAGUUGGUUCCAAUUGGUAUCAAGUGUUUCGUUUACUAACAUAGUUUGAGGUUACCAAAAUUCGUUGUUUUUGAUUAUUAACGUUAUUAACUGUUAAAAUGGAAGAAAAUGACGAUAUAGUAACACUAAAAAUUGAAGAAACCACCAUACAGUGUAGCCGCUCGGACUUGAUCAAACACAGUGACUAUUUUAAAGCCAUGUUCGAGGGCAACUUCACCGAAAGCUCAAAAUCGGUGAUUACAUUAAACGGCGUUGAGCCUGAAGCUGUAACCACAAUUUUAAAGCUUCUUUGGGACAGGGAGUACGUUAUUCGAGAAGAUUUGGCCUUACCUGUGGUCCAAGCAACUUGUAUGUUGCAAUUUCUCGGAAUUAAAGACAUAUGCAUUGAACAGUUGUCAUCUGUGUUGUCCGUACACAAUUGUCUUAAGAUUUGGUUGUACUCAGAAGCGUUAGCCAUCACGGAGGUUUCACUUGAAGCAAAACUAUUAUCCCUACUUGAAUUUAAAACAGUCAAAGAUUCGAGUUGUUUCCUAGAAUUAGGCCUAAACGAACUGAUUAAUUACGUCGGGAGUGUGUACUUAUACGCCAAUUCGGAGUUUGAGGUUUUUGAAGCAAUCAUGAGGUGGUAUUGCAGUUUGGAAGAAGGGGGUUUAGAGACGCUGUUAAAACUGUUACACUGUGUGGAUUUUAACGCGCUAACGAUCGGCGAAGUCGACAAAAUCAUCGCUAAUCCUAAUGUUAGUAGACAUGGGACCCUCAUUGAUACCUUAAAUUGUGUCAUUGGCCUGAAAAAGGACCCCAGUUGUGCUCAUUUCAACACUGAAUGUGUUAACAAUGCCAAAUCUUUGCUCAAAUCAAAAAACCGGAACCUGCACGGAUAUCCCUGUAUUUUCCUAGAUGAAUUCACACAUUUACACUCAUCCGAUAAAACAGCAACAAAAUUUCACACCGAUCAGUGGAGACGUAAGACACGAUACAAUGACUUGAAAGACAGCAAGGGUUCAUCCGUUGGUGCCUAUUUAGACUUGAAUUCAUUGGAAUUCAGCCGAUUCUUUUUCAUGAUUCCGAGUUGUGACUCUCUGAACGGGUUUCGAAUAUGUGGCUGCAAACAGUUUGUUUUUGUGUAUGGGGGAGAGUACACGUUGGGCAAGGGCGAAUGGAACUUGGAUUUCCGUUCCUAUGAUGUCAUUAAACAGAGCUGGAAAUCGCAGAAGCUUCCGUUUCCGCGUCGUCACUUUGAGACGUGUGUUUGCGGCAAGUACUUGUUCCUGGUCGGAGGGACUGGACCUUUUCGCGUUAUCCAAGAUAAUCUUUUUUGGUACGACAUUGAGGAAGAUCAGUGGAGUGAAGUGGUGCAGCUUCCGUGUGAGGGGAGACAGCUCAAAUGUUGCCCAUUUGGAGACAAAUUGUUAAUUUUGAAUUUAAACAACAAGUGUGGUUAUUUGUUUUCGCCUGAACUGAACGAAUGGUCCACUUUAACUAUCUGUGAUUUAAACAAUGUCCUUCCGGCUUUUUCCGAUGACUUAUCGUUGUUUUGUUACAAGUCUCGAAUUUAUAUUAAAGAAAUCUCAUUAUUCGAACUUGAAGUACAAAACAAUGUGCUUGUCGUGACUAGGAAUAUUACCUUUCCGGGAGUAGAAACGACUGAACUGAAUUAUGUGGAAUCGGUUUUGUGCAAUAAUAUUUUGUUUCUACACACUACUACGAAGCACUGGAAUUUAAAGCCUAAUGAACGACCAAUUACUAUGGAGCUGCUUAAUCUUGAUACAUUUGAACUUAAAACAGUCGAUGAACAAACACAUAAAUUAGAUGCUGGCUUGAAAAACUAUACGGUUGUCAGAAAUUUAGCUGUUUUUACCGUUUUUCAUCCCAAUUUGGUCAAGGAAAAUAAUCUCAUUAAUCAGUAUUAAUUUAUUUUUGAACCUCACAUAAGUAUAUUUGAUUAGUGGCAUUUAUUUUAGCAUUUUAGUAUCGAUUUUUUUUAAUUUUAAGUGAAACUAGGCCUAAACACUAGAAGGCGAAACAAAAUUUUGUUUUAAAUUAAUUUAAUUGCUUUAAAGAAAAGCAGGAAUUUUAAGGAGCAAAUUUUUAAUAAACUAAGAAAAAUAUACUACGAGUUUUACGAAAAAUAGUUAUUUAAAUCUGCGAAUACGGUUGAAGGUUUCCUACAAAAAGCAUAUCUUUUAUCAUGAUACGUUUAUUUUUUUACCAGUGGUUGAGUGCUUAAACCAAUUCCAACCUAUUCGGUUUAGUUAAUUUUCUAUAACUGUGUCCCUUAUUUUUUGUAUUUAACUGUAUUUAUACUUUGACUUAUAAAAAAUAAAAUCGACUCUUAUUUACGAAACAA